ACAUAACCUAAAAAAUUUAUCAACAAUAAUAAUAACAUGAAAUCAAAGAUAAAUCUCUGCUUUUGAGAAUUAUUCGUAAUCAACACAGAAUCAAAGAUCUAUAAUCUUUGCACAGAAUGUCUUCAACUAAAGAGGAUGGUGCUAACAGUAAAAUUAACCAAUUAGACAAAUUAACCCCAUAUCGAAUAUGUAUAUCUGCCCUUAUCAAAACGUUUCAUGGCAAAAGGCUUUAUGAUGCUAUGAAUUCUACUGUUAAUACAUCAAGAUGUACAAGAGACUUUUGUUUCAUGUUAAUUAAUCUCCUUCAAAAGCCUGAUAUAGAAUUAUCAGAACUCUGGGGUCACAUCCAUUUAACGACUGACCAAAUACCUUCAGAUUUACUAGAAACUUUCAAAGAUGAGCUGUUAUUCAUAUAUCGAAAUGGAAUUGAAGCUUUGGUGGAGUAUAUAGAUAAUUUGAAUAGAUUAAUGGAGUAUGAUAAUAGUUUAACAUUCGACUAUUUUUUUAUUAGCAAAACAAGUGUGAUAGGUGUUUACUUGAGACGCUUGAUAGUUAAUUUCAAUAGACUAACUUUCUUUGAGGUAACAGAGGUCUACUCAGAAUUCGAGAAAUAUUGCAAGGAUUUGGUAGAAAGGAUUUAUCUUCCUAAAACCAUAUUGAAACCCGAAGAAUGGACUAUUGAGAAAGAUUUAUGGACCAGAAGGCAAGCUGAACUCUUUAUUGCAACACAAGCUGCUUUAGUAGAAAGCAAUGAAGGGAGGGCUAUGAAUCCUGGAGAACUUCAGAAAGUUAUAGGCAAUAUAUUGAAGACAAAUCCAGAUUUAGCUGAAGCUCAUUUUCUUGCAUAUUUAAAUUAUCUCAGAGUGAAGGAAUAUUGUGGCGCAAUACAAAGUCUUUAUGGCUGCUUUGAUUUUAAUCAUAUAGAGGAUAAUAAAAACAAUGAUGAGAAGCCUAAACUCUGUCGGUAUGCUGCAUUAAAUCUAGCCGUUCUUCACUAUCACUUUAAUCAUCAUCAUGAAACCCUAGCUUCUCUGAAAGAAGCAAUAAAAUUAGCUCAAGAUGCAAAUGAUAAUUUGUGCCUUCAGCAUGCCAUGGCAUGGCUUCAUAGAUUAGUAAUUUCACACAAUGAUAAAAUUACUGAACAUUCUCUUCUGAGCAGCUUCAGUUUGAGUAUGUCUUAUAGACCUAGCACCACCAUUCAGACUUGCUUAAAGAUUUCUUCUUUAUGUACAUCCCAGCCAUCAGAAAUCUUAGAUGCCCUAGAUAAAGCUGACAUCACUUAUUACCAAAAUAAUGAUAAGGAGUUGAUCUCGAACAGUUAUGUCAUAAAAUCUAGUCUAUGGCAAUUCUAUGGAAAACCCGAAAUGUCUUCCUUAUGGAGUCACCUCACUUUAUACCUCAAUAUAGGUAAUAUGAAACCUACUAAGUCUCACUAUGGAGAACCAUUCUGUUUAUCUAUUUGUAAUGUUGCCAUGCAUCUACUUGGAGAGGGAAAAUAUAAUUUGGCAUAUUGUGCCCUGAAUUUUGUUAAACGAAGAUUUCCAGAUGAACCUAACUGCCAAAUAUGGAUGCUGUGUGAAAAUUUGUUUUAUUUCCUUAGAGCUUUAUAUCAUGAGCAGUGGGUAGAAGCUGAAGCGGCAGCAAGGAGGAUGAUGAUAGUAGACAAAUGGGAAUCAUACCUUCGCCUUGCAGAAUUGUACCUUUUCAAAGAGGAUCACAAGGAAGCAAGGAGAGUCAUAAAUUUGAUAUUCGAUAGAUACAAAGACAAUGAUAAACACGAAUUCAAAGGUUAUCAAUAUGUUAGGGCCAAGCUUCUGUUUGCACAAAUAGAAUUUGCUAGUAAUUUAGAUGACUCAUUACCUCCAGGAAUAAUAAAUGUUCUGAAUGAUAUCCUAGAUGAAACAAAAAAGUACAAACUUGAUUAUUAUACUUCUUUGGUUUAUCUCGUCAUGGCCAACAUGCAACUUAAUUUGGGAAUGGCGAAGCAAGCGCUUGUGAAUUUAGAUAAAUGCAUGACUCAGAUAUUGGCACACGGUGGCUGCUAUGAUAGAGCAAAAUGUUGGCUUUUUUACAUAAAAGCCUUAACUGCUGAAUCUGAGAGACUUGAAAAUAAGCAAGAAAGAGCUGAAGUUAUUAUGGAGAGGAUUCAUAUUCUUGAUGAAGCAAAGGAUCUUUUCAAAAGGGUUGAAGCCUUUUCUCGAAUGAAGGAUGUUGUUUAUUUGCAGGCCAAAUUGUAUGAUCAACUUGGAAUGAAGCAGGAAAGGAAUAAGCAUGCGUUGGAAUUCAGGACAUUAGAUCAAGAGCACAUUUCCAAGAAUAUGGAAACAUUAAUAAGGUAUAUUUAAAUGAAUCGAUAAGUCUGAAUAAACAUAAGAAUUGUUAA